CUUAACCAAGAAAUAGUAUUUUAGGAGAGAAUAUCUUCUCUUCGUAUUUUAACUAUACUCUCUACUUUUGUUUACCAUUUGGAAGUACUGGAUUCGCUAAUCAAUCCGUGUUACAUGCUUAGUGGGUUUUCUGUCAGAUAAAAAUCAAAUAUAGCAAACAAGCGGACCAGAGAAAGAGUCAAUAUGUUGACUCCAAGAUUUGAGUUAUCCCAGACAGAUAAUGAAGUUUUAAUAACUGUUCAUGCACCUUAUACAAACAUUAAAGAGACAGAAGUUUACGUAGAAGAAACAACCUUCAUAUUUUAUUCCGCUCCAUAUUAUUUAAGGUUAAACCUUCCAGGAGAAAUUAUUGAGAACGAUGCAUCGUCCGGGAGGUAUGACUGUGAAAAGGGAGAUUUUCAUUUGCGGUUUUCAAAAGUUAAUAAAGGUGAACACUUUGAAAAUUUGGAUAUGAUCACUACUCUUCUUGCACCUCCAAAGAAGAAAACGAACUUGGUACCGACUAUUGAAGUUAUCAGCAAUCCUGCAGCAGAUUCAGAAGAAAGUAAAAAUGGAAAUACUAGUGGCAGUGAUUCGGAAGAAAAAGAAGAGAACAACGAUAAUCAGUGGUUUAUACAGCAAGAAUUACCCAGGGAUGAUGUUCCGAUCUUGUUAACAGCUCCAAAAUAUGGCUUCGCUAGCAAAGUGUCUAAUGCCCUCACAGCAUUUGAUGUGGCAUGGAUUAAAGACAUUAUUGACCUUCCAAUGCCUGACAAGACGCCACCAGAGCAGCGCAAGUCAUUACGAGAGAAACAUGAGAGUGACAGCUUUGACGAUGAACAUUAUAUGGCCGAUUUUAUUCAGACAGAAUGCAUUGAACCAUGUAUUAACUUUGAACCUGAAUGGUACACAAUAAAAGAUACCGAAGUCACGUUAAGUGGUACCGAAAAGGAUUUACUGAAAGAGCUUCCAAAUAAAGAAUAUUUGUUGGAUGAUGAUGAAAUUAAUAAAGUAUGUUAUGGUUUAAUUGACAUCUUAUUUGGAAGUUGCUACAAUCACAGAACAAUGCUCGGUGAAAAUACUGUUGAAAGUAGUUGGACUAUUAAUAAGUUGAGUUCGACAUUGUGCUGGUUUCAGGAAUUUUCCAGCAUGAAAGAAGUUAUAAUUACCUGCAUUAGGAGGUCACUUUGUUAUCCUUUAUACAGAAAUUGGGACCUCUCCAUAAAGGUACUUGAAGACGUUAAAGCUGUAAUAAAAUUAGGAAAAAAGUAUAUCUUAAAAUACCUCUGUGAAAUCCAUGGACUCUUUAAUAACUCGUAUGAACCUCGUUACAUCUUAAAUCAGUUAUACAUAAAGGAUUACUUAAUUUGGUUACAACAAGCAUCUCCCGAUUUAAUUAAAUCACUCUCUGACACUUUAAAUGACAUCGUUCCUUCAAAGGGAGACAUGAAUCUCGAUAUCAUAGAAUUGGAGAAAGCAGCUGCCUCUGUUGUAGAAGAAUAUAUUGUCAUAGAAAAUAAUGCCUAUUCGGUAACGGACAUGUUGAAAGAUUUAAACAUUGAAGAUUCAAAUGAAGCAAGGCAGGAAAAUGUACCGUUGCUGCAGGGUGAAAAGUGUACAGUGCAAAUUAAACAGUUAGAACCGGUAAAUAAUUCACAGGAUUCAAGUGACACCAGUGAUUCAGAUUCUGAUUCUGAUUCCGAUUCAGACUCUGAAACGGACUCCUCCAGUACUUCCAGUAGCAGUACGAGUGAUAGCCUUGAAUCGGACAACGAACCAAAAUGAACAAAAUCGUACUUUCAUGUUGGUGACCACAUACUAAUAGGUAUUUGUUCCUAAAAUGAACCGUUAAGAACUUAAAGCAGAAAACAGUUCAGGAAUGAGAUAUGCCUUUUUGUUUAUCGUUAAUGAAUAUUUAUGGUAUACUUACAGUAUAUUUAUUAAUAGCUGUUCGAAGUCAACGAAUUAUGUAAUAAUCCUUUAA